GCGGCCCCGGUGGCCAGCGCUCACUUCCGGGAGAGCCUGGCGCCCUGGCCACCGCCCGCUGGCAGCUGCCUGCUCGCUGCGGCCGUGGAGCUUGUGAGCGUGCAGGCCAGGCCGCAGCCCAGCGUCUGCGCAGCUCGGGCCCCCGUCCGUCACCAUGGGGGCGUCGGGGCGGCUGCUGCGCGCCGUGAUCAUGGGGGCCCCAGGCUCCGGCAAGGGCACCGUGUCUUCGCGCAUCACCAAACACUUCGAGCUGAAGCACCUCUCCAGCGGGGACCUGCUCCGCCAGAACAUGCUGCAGGGCACAGAAAUUGGUGUGUUGGCCAAGACUUUCAUUGACCAAGGGAAGCUCAUCCCAGAUGAUGUCAUGACUCGGCUGGCCCUUCACGAGCUGAAAAACCUCACGCAGUAUAGCUGGCUGUUGGAUGGUUUUCCAAGGACACUUCCACAGGCAGAAGCCCUGGAUAGAGUUUACCAGAUAGACACAGUGAUAAACCUCAACGUGCCCUUUGAGGUCAUCAAACAACGUCUUACUGCUCGCUGGAUUCAUCCUGCCAGUGGCCGAGUGUACAACAUUGAAUUCAACCCUCCCAAGACUGUGGGCAUCGAUGACCUGACAGGAGAACCUCUGAUUCAGCGUGAGGACGACAAGCCAGAGACGGUGAUCAAGAGACUAAAGGCCUAUGAAGCCCAGACAGAGCCCGUCCUGCAGUAUUACCGGAGAAAAGGGGUGUUGGAAACAUUCUCUGGAACAGAAACCAACAAGAUCUGGCCCCAUGUAUAUUCCUUCCUACAGACGAAGGUUCCAGAAACUACCCAAAAAGCCUCUGUCACUCCCUGAGGAGGGAGUGAUUAGCAGGAUGAAGCAGGGCCGUCUCGCCUCGGUUUUUCGAAGCUCUUUUCCUAAGACUUUUCUGAAAAUUUUGACUUCUUCCUAAUGGCUUUCUUCUGGAUGUUACUAAGGAUGUGCCAAAUGAGUCAGACACUAAGGCUGAUCUGUUCAAAUAACCUCGGAUGUUUAAUCUAGUUGUCUUCUGUGGAUGUGCAAUUGGAAAACAUCACAGCUGUUGAAACUUAAGAAAACAAUCAGAGCACAAUGAAAAAGAACUGGUAAUCGUCUACCCCUCUGUUCAGUUAAAGUGGUUGAUCACAUUUUCACGUUUUCCUGGAAAAGUUCAAAAAAUUACAAAUUACUUGAGGCAGACAAAUAUCUCAUUGAAAGGCCUUUGUAUAAGCCAAUGCCCCUUCUAGCCCAAAGGGAUGUGGUAUUUGGGAAGACUGCCCAUAGAUUCUAAAAAGAAAGCAACUGCCUUCAUUGCCAGAUGUUGCCAGAUGCAAAUGCACUGCUGCCUUUUCAGGAAAAGCAGGGACAUAGGCCACCAUGCCGUGUCUUCCAUUGCCUAGUUUUCCAUCUGCUAUGAAAAUGCAGCCCCUGGCACUUAAGAACACACGACUUUGGUCUGGCUUGUUUUCUUUUCCAAACAUGCAUGUACUGCGGGAUAUGAUUUCUGCUAAGUUCUGGGAGGAACACCAGCAAUGACAGUGGAACAGUCCUAGGUUCUCACACAUCACUCAGGCUGAAGACUAGGUUUUAGGGCCUGUCAGUUUCUCUCUUUCAUACAAAAGGACAGUCUGCCUUAAUGAGCAAGUGGUAGUACAAAGAAAACGAGAGGGUAAGAGAACACCCAGGGUAGUUUGCCACUGAAGUAGAUGGGAUAUUCUGGGGACAGCCCCUUGAUAGAAAGGCCAGUCAACUAGUCAACAGGUGUAGCAACAAAACGAAUUUGCAGGCUGGGUUAAAAAGCACUGGAACUGAGUUCCCUCAGACAUUUACAUCUGUAUCAGUCCUUGAUUUCAAGGCCCUCUUGUCUCCGCCUCUCAAGUGCUGGGAUCACUGGGUGCUCCAGUUGCCUCCCUACUUCAAAGCGAACAACUUUUCUUGUACCAUCUAAGCAGCCUCCUCUUCCACCUACAGCACUGUGGAUCCAAUUAGCCUUGUGUGCUGGGCAAGCACCCUACCACUGUGCUCCAUCUCCAGCCUUAGCCUUUCGGGCUUUUUUGUGACAGGCUGUUAUGUAGUCCUGGCUGUCCUGGAACGACCAGCUAGCUUCACACUCACAGAG